CUACGACAUCAUCACAGGUCCUGUAGCCACAGAACAACUGCACUGCUUCUCUACAGCUGGAGGUUCCUACAAUCUAAAAUCAUCUCUAGUGGUAUCUUCUAUAUAAGAAAACUUUCUUUACUGACCCAUCAAGAAUGGAUGGGAACAGAGACAAGAUGGCCGAGAGGAUAUUAAAUCUCACCCUAGAGAUACUCUUCCAACUUACUGGAGAGGAUUACAUAUUAGUGAAGAAGACCUCUAGUGAGCGCUGUCAGACCCAUGUGUCUGAAGAAUGGAACCCAAUCAAAGGGCCUCCCCCUCACCCCUUGAUACUUGAGCAGAAGAUCCUAGAACUCACCCAAAAGAUGAUUGAGCUGCUUACUAAAGAGGUACCUAUAAGGUGUCAGGAUGUCACUGUCUAUUUCUCCAUGGAGGAGUGGGAAUAUAUAGAAGGACACAAGGAUCAGUACAAGGAGGUCAUGAUGGAGCAGCACCAGCAUCUCACAUCACCAGGAAGAUCCAGUAAGAGAAGAACACCAGAGAGAUGCCCCAGUCCUCUUCUUCCACAGAAUCAUCAGCUUGUGAAUCAGGAUAAAGAUCUGAGCAAUAGUAAUUCUACAGAGACAUAUGUGAGAGGUGAUGACCAAUGGAAGGAGGACAUUCUUACAGAGACAUUUGUGAGAGUUGAUGACCAACGGAAGGAGGACAUUCCUACAGAGACAUUUGUGAAAAUUGAUGACCAGUAUAAGGAGAAAACACCUACAGAGAUAAGUGUGAGAGGUGACAACCAGUAUAAGGAGGAAUCUCCUACAGAUAACAGCCCAGAUUGUACUGGGAGCUUAGAGGGAUAUCUGAUAUCGUUGGACUUGAAAGCAGUUGAUUGUGGUAUCACACAAGAUAUAUAUGAAGAGCAUAAGGUUAUCCCAGAAAUAUACUUAGCCCUUCACAGCCAAGAUCUAUCAUCUCAUCAUUUUAAGCAUCUUCUAUCUGAUUCAUCACAUACUGUAAAGCAGAAUAAAAGACACAGAAGGGAUGUUGAACAUCCAAGAGCUCGUAAAAGGAAGGAAACAUUUUUGUGUUCAGAAUGUGGCAAAUGUUUUACCCAGAAGUCAGAUCUCGCAAGACAUCAAAGAAUUCACACAGGGGCAAAACCAUUUUCAUGUUCAGAAUGUGGGAAAUGUUUUACUCAGAAACCAACUCUAGUUGCACAUCAAAGAAGUCACACAGGGGAGAAGCCAUAUUCAUGCUCAGAAUGUGGAAAAUGUUUUACUCAUAAAUCAGACCUUGUUAGACAUCAGAGAAUUCACACAGGAGAGAAGCCGUUUUUAUGUUCAGAAUGUGGCAAAUGUUUUACUCAUAAAUCAGAUCUUGUUACCCAUCAAAGAAUUCACACAGGGGAGAAGCCAUUUUCAUGUUCAGAAUGCGACAAAUGUUUUAUUGUGAAAUCAGAUCUUGUUAAGCAUCAGAGAAUUCACACAGGGGAGAAACCAUUUUCAUGUUCAGAAUGUGGAAAAUGUUAUAGCGCUAAAUCAACUCUUGUUAAGCAUCAACGAAGUCACACAGGGGAGAAGCCGUAUUCAUGUUCAGAAUGUGGCAAAUGUUUUACUCGGAAAUCAAAUCUUGUUGACCAUCAAAAAACUCACACUGGAGGGAAGCCAUUUUUAUUUUCAGAGUGGAGUAAAUGCUUUACAUUAAAUUCAGAUCUUGCCCAACAUCAAGGAACUCACAUAGGGGAAAAGCCAUUUUCAUGUUCCGAAUGUGUUAAAUUAUUUACCCAGAAACCAAGUCUUGGUAUACAUCAAAGGACUUAAGAAUAUGGAAACUUUCGUUCUCAGAAAUCUUGUUGAGUAGACUACCAGUAAUCUGCAUGCUGCGGUAUUUCUCCGAAACAGAGCUGGCAUGUAUGCCAUAUCUCUCCUGUAUCCCAUUAUGGUGAAGUUCUUCUAUUCUCUGCCGGAUUUACCAAAAGGAGAUGUGAACAAAGCCUUAAAGUCAGAAAUGUACAAUUACCAAUAAAUAUAUUAUCUAAAAUAGCAAAUAGAAUCCAGAUAAUCUGAAAGGUGUAGGUAAAUGGGUGACAGAUGUAGACAAAUUGCCGUUCACUCUUUCUUUAAGAACCAAAACUGACAAAUUGAAUGUUGUUAGUGUGAAUAGCUCACUGCCUUCUCAGUGUGGGAUAGGUGCUCUAGUCUAAACUGAUCACCCUUUUAGAAGGAAACAAAUUAGCAAUAUGAGUAAAUAAGACUGGCACUCACGUCUAUGUGUACCAUAUGGAACAAUAACAGUUUAUUGGAUACAUAUAAUCCGUAGGAAUAGCAGCAAUAAAAAAUAUGAAAUAGAAAUAAAAUC